CACCGCACAGCUGAUCAAAUGUCAAGAUGGAGUUUUGUUACGCAUUUAUCAGAUAAGAAAAUGUACAAUAUGAAAACUAGUAAUAUUAUUUUUAUAUCCUACGUGGGUUAAAAUGGAUAGCACAGCUCCAUUUCAACCGUGGGCUAAAGAUGGUGUGAAAAAUGUUAAAUCCGAAAGAGAACUAGUGGAUGACGCGAAACUUCAUCAAGAAAAUGUCAAUCAUCCAAAACAUACGCAAACUGCGUCUUACGAUAAAGAUAGUAUUUCCGCUUCAACCGAAGAUCCGGGGCCAUCGAUUGCCACGGAUCCUGCUGCCGGGCCCUCCAGGAGCAAAGAGCCCAGAAUGGACUCUGAAAAAAUAGCUUCCAUGCAACAAUUUAUCGAGAACACCCUCAGCCACGAAGGAAGACAGCGAGUGGCCCAGCUGUUAGAGGAAGUGGAAUCUCUGAGUGGCGCAGAGAGACUCCUCUUGUACUUGCGGCUGCCCACUGGCAUACCACCACAUGAUCCACUAAAGCAGCCAAUAAACCCGUUAGGCUCCAGGGCCGAACUCCAGCAGACUGUAACAUGGAUACAAACGCAUUUGGAAGUUGAUCCUGAUGUCUCGUUGCCCAAGCAGGAUGUGUAUGAUGAAUACAUAGCGCAUUGCAUGAGCAGCAACAUGAAGCCACUAUCUACAGCUGAUUUUGGUAAAGUGAUGAAGCAAGUGUAUCCCAGCGUGCGCCCCAGACGACUUGGAACGCGCGGAAAUUCAAGGUAUUGCUAUGCUGGCCUUCGAAAAAAGAUUAAAUUGGAAGUUCCACAGUUACCAGAUUUGGGUGAAUCGUCAAAGGGGUUGCGUGAUACAUCGAGGGACGUUGAGCGGACUGUGCUUGACUGGGCGGAAAGUAAAUUAGGCAUAAAGUUGUCGAGCAUGUUGGAGCUGUCUCGGCAUGUGGCGUCGGCGGGAGCGUCGCGUGCGCCCGCGCCGCCCAGCCACACCCCGCCGCCCCUCGCCCCGUCGCACGUGCCAGGAUCUUCGGAGGAUCCAACAAACAGACAAUUGAUGAAACAGCUUAAACGGAAACUGCAGACGCAGGGUACACCAGGUCGACCGAAGAAGAAUAAAGGUGUGGAAAUAUCGAGCGAGUCGCCACCGUCCACAUCAUACACGACGCAUGGCGCGCGCGGCGGGCACGCGCCGCCCGGGCACGCCGCGCACGCGCCCGUCAAGCACGAGAGCGAGCCCGCCGCCGAGCCCCCCUACCACUACCAGCCCGCCUACGUGUACGAGGCGCGCCCCCCAUCCUUCCCGCCGUACGCCGCCCCGCCGCGGGCGCACCCGCCGCCCGCGCCGCAUCCUGCCAUCCCCGGUCACGACUACCGCCCCGACGCUUACGUGUUCGAGCCUCCCUACGCCCCGCGCGACCUCACUCUACCGGCGGACGCGACUCACAACCUCCCGAUCAACCUCAGCAGCGACGCUUCUCUUGACUUGUCCACCGAGCGCACGGAUUGGCAGCGCCGACGGCCGCCCGAGCCGCCGCCGGCACCCGUGCGCCUUCACCUGCCGGGAAAAAAGCUGAUACUGGAGACGUACCAGAGUGAGACGCGGGCGGGUUCGCCUCGACCUUCGCCGGCCGACAGCCGAGCGCCGCCCGCAGUGCCCACCGCGCACGCGCCGGAGGAUUUUCCCAGGACCGAAUACCUGCCGAAAAAAAUGCGAGCCGCCGAGAUUCUGGGCGGCAAGCUGAGUGCCGCACGGCAGGCGCUAGCCGCCUCCACCUCCGCUUCCGGGACCGGAGCGGAAUCGUCAAGUCGUUCAGAGGUUGCUUUUUUAGAGGAUCCAAAAAACGUAUCGAGCCGGUCCAAAAGCACCGCCGCGGCGCUGGCCCGGGAGCAACAGGAGGCGGCGAGUCCGACACGGUCGGUGAAGGCUCCGACGCCUAAGUGUGAGCGCAGCAGAAUACGGAAACCUGCACUGGAACGGAUCACUAGAACGAAAAGGACCUCUACGGACGGGACCGAUUCGCCGGAGCGGCCGGCCACUCCUGACACGUGCUGCGGCUUGGACGGAAUCAACAUCAAGACGGGCAUGAUAUGCGAAGAGAAACACUCUGAAAUACUGAACAGAGAGCGCGUGAUCAGCAUUUGCAACAUCGACAAGCACGCGCUCGACGACUACCUCAACGAAGGCAACAGCCAGGAGCACGAGGAGGAGCUGCUGCAGUACUUCCACCAGCGCGACGGCGAGCCGCCCCCGCCGCCGCCGCCGCCGCCCGCGCCCGCAUGUGGUGACGCUGCUGCUUUUUUAGACACAGGCCUGGACCCGCAAGACGAUCAUAGCCAAGGUAAAAAUGAAAAAAUAUCUCAGCUGCGGGAGUUACUUGCGAAAAAUCUAAAGAAUCAAAGCGGGUCCAGUUCUCAGAGCCUCCCAUUGAAUAAGGAAAUUCAGCUGCCUAGAGAAAACGUACGCGAUCCAUUGCCCGUUAACAUUGCCAAGUCCGUGGUCACGGAAGGGGCAUUCAAACCAGUCAUAAAUACCGGUAUUUCGACCGUUAACGGAUCGACUUCGACCGGCCAAACCGAAUCGAACAUUCAUAAACAUCGUGCGACUAUCACUAACGGCAACGGAUCCGCUAUGCCCUACACAAAUCCGGGCGGUCAAGGUCAGGUAUCGACGGCGACGGGAACACAUCUCUACAACGGUAACAGUCACAAUGUACCUCAAAGUCCAACCACAAGAACGCAGCAAUAUGACUUCGUUCCCAUCUCGGACGGUUGCCACUCCCCAGGAAAUUUUCAUACUAAAUCUCCGGUCGGGUUCGUCCAGAGAGGUCAUAGCCCGUCAAAGAUGAGCAAGCCCGCGAUGAUGGGCGGGUCGCUGCAGACAUCGCCCAUCUCGCACAGCACGGCCGCCAGCCCCUUCGUGAGCCCGCGCAACACGCCGGUGCCGCGCUCGCGACUCUGUCCCCGACCCAUACCCAAGCUCAACGGGAGGAAGAGGAGAAACCCGUUGUCGUUGGGCGUCGGAGACCCCAACUCUAAGCCGUUUGCUAUUCCGAACGAUCAAAAGUUUUUUCAUAAAACAUCUUUAUGCGGGCCGAACGUCAAAUAUUGCCAACCCAUGUCGGCGCCUCCUUCGCCCAACAUAUUGACAUCACAAUAUAAGAGCCACAUGUUCCAGUGUAACGCGGGCGUGUCGAAUGGCUCCAGCAAUCUUCAUUUAAAUUUUCUUCCGAAUGUACAGUUUCGAGACGGUAUAAACGGAGAUAUGUCUCAGCCACUGUCAGCGGACCCUCUGUCGAGUGAGGUGAGUCAGUUCUUCCAGGAGUCCCUGGGGAGCUACCGAGCGGACCACGAGGCCUGCUUCCGCUCGCAAUCGGUGCCGUUGAAGCAGGGAGUGGGCGGGCCGCUCGCGUCCUACAUGCACACGCCCGUCGGCUCCGUGCCGCCCACUCCCGUGCCCAACGAGUUCUGCGACUUUGGCUCUCUAGCCGAUACUUGUGACAUAUCUAAAGCAGGUCUCAACCCGGAGACGUUGGAUAAAAUUUAUGACGCCAUAGACAGUAGCAACAAUGUACUUAAUUCGACAGCCGCUCAAAACCUUCUAAGCUCCGGCAAUCCUUUGAGCAACGGUUGCGAUCCGUUGCCGGAGCAGCAGAUUCUGUCGGACGAGCAGUUGACCUCACUCAUCCCCGGCGACGAGGAAUUACUCGACCAGUCUCCCGGCCAAUUAGCUAACCAUUUUAACCAUUCUUACCCGGAAGACACCUCGGCCGCACCCGACAACGUCGAGGAUUUUUUGAAACGCGCGCACAGCAUCGAAUUCGAUCUGUCAGAGUUGGUAACGGACAAAAAUAAAUACUAUACAUCACGUUCAGUUCCAAGCACUCCGUUACCUUUCAAACGAGCGGCGCCAAAUUUGCAAAUAGAUUCACGUCGCCCUCGAGAAUUGUUCGGGCCGAGUGAGUACUCCACCGCGUCGAAUGGGAUUUCGUCCAAGUCGGUGCCGUCGACGCCGCAGCUGGCAGAGGAGCGCAGCGUGUUCAGCUACAGCAAUCGCGACUUCCUCAUCAACGGCAACUCGGUGGAGGUGUGCGGCGCGCUGGGCGGCGCUGGUGCGGCCGGCGGCGCGCUGGAGGGCGAGGCGCUGGGCUCGCCGCUGCACGAGAUGGACAUGCUGGAGCCCCUCACGCCCGCCGCCGAGCUGCUCGCCGACCUCGACAAGAUCGACGGCCCGCCCUACGUCGACCUCUAGUCACCCUUCACCGCCGCGCAGAAUGUACCUAUAUAAAUCUAGGCCCGCUUUAUAUUUGUACAGAUAUUGAAGAGUUCCGUAUCUCUACUGUGUACAAUGACCUCGUAUGCCUUCAGUGAAGGUUAACUGCUAAUAAGUUUUCUUGUCGUUGGAUCGCACGGUACGCUCCCAAAACGUUGAGUCAAUAAAUUUACAGUGAGAUUGUGAUAAACGAGCAUUAGUUGUUAACCGAGCUAUCGGUGUUGACGCUAAUCUAAUUGAUACCCCUGUGGGUAUUAAGUUAUCAACCCCCAUCCCCACCUUUGAUUGCGUGAAAAUAUUGUGUAACAUUUUACACUCGUGGUGAUCGACUUUAUGAACCAAGUAGAUGAACCCACAUUAUACCGCGUGUAUUAUAACAAAAUAUUGUACAGUUUAGCUACUACUUACAGUAGUAACUAGCUGCUACUUAAACAUACCUAAUGAAAUAAUUAUUUAACAGAGGCACUAGCUUAUUAUUAUGUAAAUUGUGCUGACAACAAAAACAAUUUAAGGGUUAGUGCCCCGCUGGUGUCACAAUAUGAAUGUGUACCGGUUCAUAAAGAAAUAGAAAUGCUCUCUCCCGUUAAAAAAAAAACACAGACUUUAGGUUCGACAGUGGCGUCUCGUAAGUGACCUGAAGAUUUAAAAAAAUGGUUACUUUACUGUCAUACGUACAGUUUCCUACCUUCCACACUUUCACGUCAUCACAAAUGCUCGAUUUUAGUAAUAGAAACAACGAAAUAUGUAUGUAUAUAAACAAUAUAUACGAACGGUGUUGUAGAGUUGUUACGCGUUCGUCGACCGAAUUCACGUUUGCUAUCCUUCGUUUGUUUAACUAGCAAGUAUGUAUCUAUAUAUACACAGACCAAUGCGUGCUGAGCGCGCUUAGGAAAUUAUAACCAAUUGGUUUAUUGAUACUAUGAAUAGUAUAUAGUUUAUAAAAAAUGAAUUUAUUGUAAGUUAGCACAAAGAUUUAAUAUAUUUUAUUAUCACAUAGGAAUUUUACUUGAUAUACUAAAUAAAUACGUAUACUUACAUACAAUUAACUGCAUGAAAUGCAGAAUUUUUUUUAUUCUGCCAUAAUGGCUGCAUUGAGCUUAAAAAGUGACCAAUAUUAUGCAUUAGUUGCAAAUAAAUGCCGGCCAGAAAUAACAUUUUGUUUCGAGUCUUGUUUUUGGUGCAAUAUGUAUUUGGUAGGUAUGAGUUGCGAAAAAGGGUAAUAUAAAUUAAAAAAUACUGUACAGUCUUCAUGAAACGUAGCGUAUCAGAGUAUGCGCGAAAGUAUCAACCAUUUAUACUGUGGCAGAUACUUUUGAGCGCAAACUGCAGAGAUACAAGUAUAUACAUAUAUGACUAUUUGGAAAAGAAUUCGAGGGCGGCAUAUAGUUUUGUCAUGUUAUUGCAUCCGCUACUAUGGAUGCUAUGUUAAACUUUUAUUGCUGCAUAGUUAGCAUUGCAGCAAUACAAGUCGCGCAGUACGAGUAGGUAUAGUUAGAUAUUGACAUUGAUGACUGAUGACAUGCAUUGAAUUGCGAGACAUGCUAUUAAGCUACUAAAACUUACAUGUCACCAUUAGGCGACAUGUAAGUUUUAGUAGCAUAUUGUAAAAAAUAUUUUGUUCUGGCCGGCUCGAAAUUUGUGGUCUAUAACAAUGAAUUUAUGUUAUGCGGCCUAUUUAUACAUAGUACAUGUUUUGUGUGGGUGCUACGAAUUACUUUGCAUUAGGCACACAUGCAAGAUACAUAACAUUAAUAACAUGUAAACAAAAAUAUGCCCUCAAUCUGUGCCUGAUAUAACCGUAUAAAAUAUGUACUUUUUGAAAGCUUUGUCGUUUGUUGAAUAAAACUUAGUACAAAAUGUGACACACUGAUUCGACAGGGAUGUAUAAUGUAAGUGAAACCGAAGACUGUUUAAAGCUUGUAGAUAUUUUGAACCCGAAGUAAUUAACUUUGUCUCGAGGAGGGGCCCGUGACGGAGAAUCUUAGUGUCAGUGUUAUUAUUCCAAUUUGGUAUAAGCCUUACCAAAUUCAGCUAGUACCUAAUAUUUAAGCUAAGAUGUAUAUUUUAUUAAGGUAACAUUUAGGUAUCAUGUUAUCACACAACAUUGUUGAACAUUUUGUCUUAUGUAAAAGUGUCACCUAUAUUCCAAGACUUGAAACAAUUUGUUUAAAGCUGACAAUUAGCGACAAAAGUUACGUUACACGUACUGCAGCCGUUAAUAAAACAAUAAUUUUACUUAGAAUACAGGUAAUUACUGUUAUAUAAGACAUAAUAAGUGUUGACUUGUAAAUAUGAGUGUUUAAACGUUCAUCGACAUUACUGUUAUAAUCUGGGGAAUUCACACACAUCCAAAGUUCUAGGAAUGUCCAUCAUACGCCUAAUUCUUUUAUAAUCAUAUAGCCAGUUUCUUCCCUUUAUCGUGAUUAAGUAUCAUCCUAUGGUAUGGUGUCCUGUAGAAAACAACCCUUCAUACUUGUUUGUAAUCAAAACCGUCCUAUUCGACCACACUCUAUAUUAGUAUUGUAGUACAUACAUAGUGUACUAUAUAUUUUUGUACGUCGCACAGAAAGUCACAUGCAAUCAUGUAAAUCAUGUUACAAAGUAUUCAUUAAUUCCAUUUCAAAAUACAUAUAAGAUCCAUGUACGUAUUUUUGAGUACAAAUUUGAAUGACUAUAAUUCAUCUUCAUUAUGGAUGUUAAUAAUUAGGAGUGCACUGCUAUGUAAGUGUGAUUUGUCUAUAUGUUGUACACUAUAGUUUUAAAUUUAUACAUGUUUAAUAAGUUUAAAGCAUAAUGUUUAUCAAUAUUUUUCCUAGGAUUGUGCACAGUGUUUGUUGUUUUAAUGUCAUACAUGUGGAUGUGAUACUAUUUAUUUUAAUUGACAAUGGUUGGCCUAGCCUGUGUCACCCUGUGUUUAUAAAUCAAUUAUAUUUUCUUUAUGAUCAUUUUAAAACAUUUAUAUUUUGAGUAAGUAAUAAACUAAUAAUCAAUCGACCGAAUCGUAGCGGAGGUUUACGUUUUGACUCGUGCAUUUUGCUUUUGUAUGUCCGGAUGUUCUUUCAGGUUACAGUUUUCAACCGAUUAACGUAAAAUUAAUCGAGAAUAAACGAGAUAGCCCUAUGCUGUCUCGCUCGCACGCCGUCCCCGCAUCCUGUUACGACGCCAGUGUGGUUGAUAAUCCAUUACUGAUACUGAUGUGCAAGUUGCGGAAAGUUUCCAAAAAGUUGAAAAAGUUCUCGGAAAUUUCAGAAACCUUUACUAAAAAAUACGAUCUCAGCCUACAAUAACAUUUCGCGAUUUUAGAAAUAUUCAAACGACACAUCAGUAUGCGCGAAUAUGUCCUCAUGUUAGAGAAAGUUCCCGUAAGACAGGUGUACAUUCAUCUGUUCUACUAACAUAGGAUCUACAUACAGGGUGAUUCAUGAGACGUGAGCAGGACUAACACUGGGUAAAUGUUAAUGGAUCGUUUUUGGAUCGUAACAACACCUUUUUCCCUUUUUGCAAAGUAAAGGUUUAAUUAUCUAGAAUCGUGGUCACCCUACACCUACAACAUCAAACCAAUGAAGAUAAAAGUUAUAAAAUCUAUAUAAUAGAAUCAUUAGGUUCGUGUCAUUUCACACAUUUUACGGAUAAAGCAGAGUAUCGGCAUUUGAUGGAGGUAUUCUAAAUGUAGGGUGACCAUGCAAUUCGUAAACCGUAAACAAUUUAAUUUAUAAAUUAACGUUGUAAUCUCACUAAUACUGGUACGAAACAAUAGCUUAUCACAGGUCUAUACCGAAUGUGUAGGGUUGACCUUGCUCACGUCUCCUAAGCGGCUUACUAACACUGAAUUCACAUAUUUUAUAGAUUAUUUUGUUUUUAAAUGAAUUUGUGAUGAAAUCAGUUUCCGUAAAUGCCGUCCCGCCGCGAUGUUGACGGGUUGGCAGUACGCACCUUACAGUAUAUCUACAAGUUUCAGUCGUAUGAUGGAGAUUUUGUUUUUAGAAUAAGAGAUGAUUAUGUAAAUCUGAAAUUAACAUUAUUUUGUAGAUGUAUUGAUAGAAUGCACUGUUUAUUUCUAUGUACUCUUAUUAUGUUGUUAUGUUAGUUAUUGUUUUUAUUUAUAAGAUAACAAGUGUUAGUGUAAUUAUUCAAUUAUAAUUGAAUGUUAAAUUUAAGUGAAGAUAUCCAUGUUGUUAAUUAGUCUUUAUGGAUGUUGACUUACACCAUUUGCUAUGCAGUGAUAAUAAAUGAUAUGAUAGUAUUUAU